AUGUGGAUUGUUCAAUUAUAUCAAAUAUAUGAAUUUGUACGCCGUGAAAUACAACAAAUCAAAAAUAAUUCCAAUCCCAAUUUUUUGAAUUACAUUUCAGAGUUGGCUGUAACAAUUUUUAAUAUAGUAUAUUUUAGUAAAUUAGAUUCAUCGAAUCUGGUUUUAGAUGGAUGCCCUACACCAAAACGAAAAAAAUACGAUAUUAAUGUAUUAUCCUUUGUAGAUGAUCUUACCAACUUAAAAAUAUCAGAAAUAUGCACCAGACUUAAUAUAAUUACAAAACUACUAGAAAAUAAUCAUUCAUUACCAUUUCAUGAAAAGGAUUACAUACAUUUGUUAGAAAGUAUAACCAAAUGUUUAAACUCUUAUAAGGAUACAAAAUCUACAAAAUACUUGAUUAUUUGUUGCGAUACGUUAAUUAAAUCAGAGAAUGUUUGCAAAUUGAAUCAAAUUGGACCGUUCUUUGAAACUGUUUGGACAUAUGCGUUAAAAACUGUAUCAUCAAACGAGAAUUCAAAUUUAUCUCAUAAUCUCUUGCACUCAUUAAUUGUAUUAAUAAAUUGGCAAGAUGAAAUGUAUUCUGAUGUAUUAAGAUUAUAUUUUAAUAAAAUUGUAAAGAUUGAUGAUUCUAGUUUGAAAACUUUAGUGAUUUUAUUUAAAACAAGAGGAUUUUGCAGUGCUUCUUUAAAUAAAACCAACAUGAUUUUAUUGCUCGAUUGGCUGUUACCAUUAAUGAUGCCAGAUAGCUUAAUAGUUGAAUCUUACUCUAAACUGAAUCCCCAUAUUUUAUCAGAAGUAGUUGACUUAAUAUUGACAAAACCUAGUAUCAAAAAAUCAUUUGUCAAUCACAAUAAUUUUAAAACAAUAAAUUCUAAUGAUUUCAUAUAUACACAUUAUAAUUUGGCGCAUCAAGAUUCCCUAAAUCUGCAACUACAAUUCACUGAGCCUGCACAAAAUAAAAGCUUAAGACAAUCAAUCGAUGAAAAUAUUUUUGAGAGAUUAAUUAAUUUCAUAGAAAAAAGUAUAGCAUUAAAGGAAAAACCAAGUAUUGUAACACUUCAAUGGUUUUUUUCCAUGACAAAUUUACUAUGUUUUCUUGAAAAUCAAUUUCCUCAAUUUAAUAAUGAUUUUAAUGAAUUUGGAUUAUAUAAAUUUAAAUACAUGGAGAAAGUGAAUAAUAUAGUUUUAGAACUCAAAACUGAUGUAAAUCAACUAAAUAAUGAAGCAUUUGUUAAUGCGUGUUCAUUAUUUCAUAAACAAUUGCAAUUUGUUGAUGGUAAAAUAGUAAAUGAACUAAUGAAUCACGAAACAAAUAAAGUUAUUAUGAGUGAACUUUAUAACUUAAGUAAAUUGAAUGAUUUUAAUACUAUAUAUCAAGUGUUAGAUUAUGAAGGCCUCACAAAAGAACAAAAAUUAAGUGUAUUUGGUUAUCAAACAUGUUUAUUAGAAGCCUUAGUAGAAGACUUAACUGAAUUAGAAGGUUCAAUUUGUCAAUCAUACACCUAUUUCAAAAUCACCUAUUUUCUUCGUAUAACUUUGAGUUUGGACAAUUUAUCAAUAGAUAUGAUAGUUAAAAUGAAUAAGUUUAUUAAACAACUAGCCAAAGCUUGGUGUUCUCGUCAAGAAGGUUUUAUCCAAAUAACUCAACUUUUGAGUGACGCACUUCGAAUAACUACUAAAAAUAAAUUCGAUAAAGUUUGCACUACUAAUCUACUUAUGUUAAUUCAGUCAUUACAAAAAAUAUCUACUUCCGAAAAUUGUGGACCAAAAAUGGUUUGUGCUUUUGUUGACUUACUUGGACAUUUUGCUUCUACAAAUAAUGGAAGUUUUGGAUCAACAUGGAAUAUUGAUACCAAUGUGAUACAACCCAUGAGUCCGAAAAAUAUAAUAUUAUUUUAUUUAGACAGUCCAUUUCUUCAGGUUAGAAUUGCUGCUAUUAGAUGUAUAAAAGUGAUGUGUGAUGUUUAUGAAAAUAAUCCAAAUACAUACAUAAUAAGCUAUGAAGAAAUGUUUGACAUUAUAUUACAUAAAAUACAAGAAGGAUUUACAGUUGAUUACGAUAUUAGUGAAGAAGAACAUGGAGAUGAGUAUACCAAUAGAAUUUCCACAUAUUUAUUAUGCAUGCAAUCGUUAAUAACAUCAAGUGUUAAAUUUCGAAAAAAAUGUUUGUUCGAAGUUCUUCAAACCGUUUAUAUUAAACAAAUUCACCUAGAUUUGGUGAUUAAUCUAUUAGAAUGUGUGAAAAUUGAAUUAAAAAUGAAAUCGUAUAUGGAGUUAUUAGAAAAUAAUUUAAAAUUUUUACUGUGGACAUGGCAUUUGAAGUAUUCCUCAUUCAAAGGAUUUCCAAUUAAAUUAUUUACUUGCACAACAAUAAAACAAUUCUUUAAAAAAUACCCAUUUGAAACCAUCCCCAUUUUAGUUAUAAAAAAUGACUUGGAUUUUUUCAUUUCCAAGGGUAUUCUUAGUGAUGUAAUUAAAGAAAACUUUCCUGUUAUAUUUUCAUAUAUGUUGGCUAUUAAGAUUGUAGAGGUGCCAUUUCUCAAUCACGAUGAAAUUAAAAACCUCAUUGAAAGUCAAUUAGGUGAAAUAAAUUUUAAAGAACUAAUAAGUUCCCAGUGCUCAAAUAUAAUAUUACAAUUUAUCCAAAUGGUUGUCAUAAAUACAGAACAGCCAAUUGCUCCAAUACAAAUUAGCAGCGAUCAGUUUCUGAUUUUAAUUAAGAUUUUUCAAGAGACAUAUGUAAAAAAUAAAAUUCCGUUUUUAAUUUUUAUGUCAACACUAAGACCUGAUUAUAUUCAAAAAAUUGUUCACACUCUGUAUGUGAAUAUUUUCAAAACAAUAAAAUCAGAAUUAUGGUAUCAGUCAUUUGUCCAAUAUACAGUUUUUAUGAAGACUCUUAUCGGUCAAUUAUUAGAUUCUAACCAAUUAGAUGCAUUUUCUCAUUUCCUAAUUAAUCAAUCUGUACAGUCGACUAUCACCUUAUUAAACCAAAAUAGUUUUGAAAUGCACAAUUAUACUAUUGAAUAUUUAGAAUGGUUAUUAAUAAAUCCAAGAUGCAUUUUAAAAUUAAAUAUCAGUCAAAUUGGAUCUCUGACAUCAACUCUACGAAUAUUGGCGAAGACACGACCUUCCUCGAAUGAAAAAUUAUUACAUUUAUUAAAUAUUCUUAAAAAUUUAAGUGAUAAAACCGUUGAUUGUGAAACAUACAACAAAAAUAAAACAUCACUACACAAGGACAUAAGUUCUUUUCUAUCUCAACAAAAUGAAAACACUGAUAUAAUUCAAUCUCUAAAAUAUUUAAGACUAAAGUUACAAUCAAAUGAAAAAGAACUUCAAUACAUGUACCAAGAACUGUUAAAAAUUCGGGGAUUUUCAGAAGAUUGUGUCAAAAGUAUUUUACAUUGUUUAAUUUGUACACUAAUGAAGCUUACAAAAAGUGAUGAAUUUGAAAUUAAAAUCUUAGCUGCCAGUUGUUUGGGGAUAUUGGGUCCAGCUGAUUUAACUACUCUAAUAUUGCAACCGGAACCUGAAGUAUUGAAAUUAGAAUCUAAUAUAUCCCUAGAAUACUCAUUUAUAAAGCAUAUAGUUGAAUUGGUUUUAAAUUACUUAAGUGACGAUAGUAUUUCCGUUUUGGAAUCAAGUAAUAUAACCUUAUUCAAAGUUAUGGCGACUAAUGAAGGAAAAAGUUUAUAUGAAGAGUUAGGUGCAAAGGUUUUGUACCCGUUUAAACCUGAACAAUCUUCAAUGGAAGAAUUGGAUGUUGAAUUAUUUGAUAUUGAACAAUUUAAUUUACUAAUUGAUAAAGACGAUAUCUGGUGCCCAAUAGAUGAAUCUAUUUCUUACAAUAAUUGGAUUACAAUCAUUACCAAAAAUUUAUUGGAAACACUUCAAAGCUUUUACAAAAGUUUAUUGCCUAUUGCAGAAAAUAAACCUGUGUUCUGUGAAAACAUUUUACCACAUCUAGUUUAUUUCCUUCUUGAAUGCAAACCAUUGACAAGGCCUAUAUUAAAUAAACAUUUGAACAGAUUUUUCCUUAUACAUCAUAAAAUGAGAAGUGAAAAGAUAAAUAGAAAUAUUCAUCGAGCUUGUGAUGCCAUUGAAAAUAACAUUUAUUGUAAUAAAUCGGCUGUACAAUGUCUUCUAAGCAUCAUUAAUUUUAUCAGACUUCAACAAAAUAAUCCUUUACAAACAAAUUUGGAUAUAAAUUACUUAUAUGUAUCCCAAGCAGCUGAAUUUUGCUCUGCACAUUUUACUUCUAUCCAAUAUUUAGAGCUUUGGUGUGAAACUACAUUGAAAAAAAUGAACAAAGAUAAAGAGUCGAUGAUAUUUAAUCCUGUGGAUGUGAUCACAGACGUAUCACCCAAAGAAGGACUUUUAUUGCAAUCAAUUCUUAAUGAAUCUUAUAAAAGAAUUGGUGAUUCUGAUGCAAUUGAAGGCUGUGGUUCAAGUUAUUUACUAAAUAUUUCUUCUCGUACACAAUACUAUCAACAACUUAGAAAAUGGGAUCGUGUUAUGGAGAAUUGUGAUUUGCAGCAGACCACAGAAGUCAUUUCCAAAGAUUAUUUAGAAGCAUUUACAAAUUCUGGAUUACAAAAUAUUGCUCACAUCAUGGCUUCCAGCAAUGAUAGUUUGAAAUAUGACUAUUGUUGGCAAUUAAAUAAAUGGGAUUUACCAGAUUGUGGUGACAAGUCUUUUGAAUCAUUGCAUUAUCAUGCUUUACGACAUGUGUAUCUUAACAAUUUAGAUAGGGCAAUUCCUAUGAUAAAUGAAGCUAGAUUAGUAGUUAUUGAGUCUCUAUAUUGUGCAAGUCUAGAAUCAACAGCAACAAUUUAUACUCCGUUAGCCAAACUUAAAAUAAUUGAAGACCUUGAUGAUUUUAUCUCUACAUCAGAUAAAACAAAAUUAUUUUACAACUGGUUAGAUCAAAAAACUUUAAGAACCAAUGAUUUUGUAAAUAUCAAUAGAAUACUUUCUCAACGUUGUAAGUUAUUGGAUUUUGAUGGUGAUAAAAGAUCAGGCAUACUAAGAAUGAAAAUAGCAGAGCUAGCUCAACAAAACGAUUGGUUACAAGAAUCUGGAAGACAUUUAGCCACAGUUGCUAAUUUAGACAUUUAUCAGAAACAUACCGUCUUAUGGGCAAAGGUGGAGGAGACUAGGCUUUUAUGGACAAGAAAUGACUGUCAUAUGGCAAGAGUUUUAUUAAAAAAUGUUGUUGAAGAACUUGAAAAUUGUGAAUAUCCUUUCUUACAUUCAUUAGCAUUACAACUUUAUGGUUCUUGGAUGGAAGAAACAAAAUCAGAAACAUCAAAUGAUAUUAUAAGAAAAUAUUUUCAAAAGUCUAUCAGAAGAUUAAAAUUGGAAUCAGCUCAUACAGAAGAGUUUGGAUUAGAUUGUAAAAAAGUACUGUCAGAUGCUCAUAAACAUUUAUCUCAAUUUACGGAUACAUUAUAUCAAAAAUUAUAUAAAUAUAUAAAAACAGAAGAUUUUCAAAAACGUAACCUUGAAGUUGAAGACAAUUCAAUUAAAGGAAUAGCAUUGUAUGAAUUAGGAAAAUCAACCAAUAACAGAGAAAAAUUUCAGGCUGGUUUAUUUUUGAAAAAUCAAAGUAAAAUUGAUAAAAGAGAUAUAAGUAACAAACACGAGGAGAAGAAUAAAUAUUUGAAACUAACACUUCAAAACUAUUUGCAAUUGAUGACAUUAGAUGAUGAAAGCAAACUUCCUAUUUAUAGAAUUGUAUCUUUAUGGUUAGAAAAUAAAGAAAACAACGAAAUAAAUGAUAUUGUUGACCAAGAGUUUAAAAGAAAUCCUUCAUAUAAAUUUAUUGUGGUUCUUCCUCAAUUGGUUGCUCAUUUAAGUUACACAUAUGAAUACUCUUUUCAUAAAUCUUUGGAAUCAAUCAUAAAUCGUUGUGCAAUGGAUCACCCUUAUCAAACCAUCCCAAUUGUUUAUGCUGUUGCAAAUACAAAUAUAGAUCAUAAAUUUAAUCAAUGUGAACCGCCUGAAGAAGAAUCUAGAGUACAAGCUGCUAAACGUUUAAUGUCAAAUUGGAAAAAAGAUACAAAUAUUAGUUCAAUUGUGAUGAAUACUGAAAAAUUAUAUGAAGCGUUUAUACAAUUAGCGUAUACAAAAAUUUCUUGUACACGUGGCCAGCGAACUUUAAUUCCCAAUGAACAACCUCUAAUGAAAAUACAAAAUUCAGAGUUGUAUAUGUAUCCUGCAGCAACAUUGCCACUAAACAAACUUGGUGACUAUUCAAAUAUUAUAAGUAUUGAUAGAUUUAAAAAUUCAUUCUUAAAUUGUGGUGGAGUGCAUGAGCCAAAAAAAAUUGAUUGUUUGUGUUCUGAUGGUAUUCUACGAUCACUUUUAUUAAAGGGUAAUGAAGACAUGCAUCAAGAUGCGACUAUGCAACAAGUAUUCGUAUUAAUGAAUGAAUUACUAAAUUCUAAUAAAUCUACAGCUAAGAGGAAAUUGACCAUAAGAACUUAUAAAGUGAUCCCAUUUUCACAACAAAGUGGAAUUGCUGAAUGGUGUGUAAAUACUAUGUCUGUUGGUGACUACUUAAUAGGAACAGAUUCGAUUGAAGGGGCCCAUCAAAAAUAUAGGCCACAAGACAUGACACCAACAGAGGCUAGAAAUGAACUUAGAUCAUCUCACGUACCAAGAUAUAGUGAAUUAACUAAACAAAAAGCAUAUUCGGACAUUUGUAAGAAAAUAAAACCUGUCUUUCGAUAUUACUUUUUUGAGAAAUUCUUAUCACCUUCCAUUUGGUUUGAAAGAAGGCAAGCCUAUAUACAUAGUGUUGCUACUACUUCUAUGGUAGGAUACAUAUUAGGCCUAGGUGACCGUCAUAUUCAAAACAUAUUGAUUGACAACAUUACUGCGGAACUCAUUCAUAUUGAUUUUGGGAUUGCAUUUGAACAAGGAACUUUAUUAACUACACCAGAAACGGUUCCAUUUAGACUGACAAGAGAUAUUGUUGAUGGUAUGGGUAUCUGUGGCAUAGAAGGAACUUUUCGAAAAUGUUGUGAAAAGACUAUGUCUGUUUUACGUCAAAACCAAGAUGUAAUUGUCACAGUUAUCGAAGUCUUAUUAUAUGACCCAUGUCAUCAAUGGGCAUUAUCAGGAAAAAAAGCUCCUCAACUUCAAAAUCAAUCAACAAAAAAAAACCCUAUCAUUAACGAUACAACUGAAGUAAAUAAAUUAGCCGAAAGAUCACUAAACAGAGUACGUAUUAAAUUAUGUGGAAUGGAACAAGCUGAAACCGCUGCAGCCAGUAUUAAUGGGCAGGUUAAUUUACUAAUACAACAAGCCAGAGACCCAAAUAACUUAGCAUUGAUAUUUCACGGAUGGCAAGCAUACUUAUAG